AUGGCAGAUGCAACUUUAACAUCUCUGUGGGUAUUUAGAGUGCCAAUACUGUGCGUUUUAACCUCCAUUAUUGCAUCAACUAUAAGCCUUGAACCAAAAUCAUUAUCAGGUCUUUUUAUGUCAACAAAUCUAUCCACUUCUUUUAUGCUAACAUUUAUUCUAGAAGGCACUGCAUUAGGCGGCGCUCGUUACAAUCCUACCACGACUGUCUCUUUAUAUGUCGUCGGGCUUAAACCAAGUGGAUCCUUCUCUCUAACAACCAUAGUAGUUCGAUUUCCAGCUCAGGCAGCUGGCGGAGCUGUCGGCAUCAAAACAAUAUUACAGGACAAAGAACUUGUGGGUGAAGAUUUGGAUGGUGAAAGCAGCGACAGCUAG